ACAGCCUUCACUUGCAUGCGACGCCAUUCUCUCUUCUUCUCUCUCUCAACUCGAAAUAAAACCACCACACCCGGAAACUCUACCCGACCCGAACCAUGGUAUCUGAAUCGGACCUCCUGACCCGCCUCCGCGAAAUCCUCAGCUCCUCCGACCUCGACACAGCCACCGCCGGCAGCGUCCGCCGCGAGCUCGAGAAGCAUUUCGGCGCCGAUCUCUCCGACCGGAAAGCCUUUAUCCGGGACCAAAUCGACAUUUACCUCGAGAGCCAGGUCGCCAAUCACCAGGACGAAGACGACGACGAAGGAGCGGCGGCGGAGGAGGAGGAGGAGGUCGGUGAAGGCUCCGAGAAUGCCGAGCAAAACGACGACGUUAAAGUGGAAGAAGACGAUGAAGAAGAAGAGGAACCAGUACGCAAAGCUCGACGGAAAAAAGCACCCAAGAAGGUGGAUAAAGGAGGUGCAAAACGAGGCGGCUUCAAAACAGUAUACAGCCUGUCUCCACAACUUCAAGUAGUUGUUGGAGAGCCCGAAAUGGCCAGACCAGAGGUAGUGAAGAAAAUAUGGGCUUAUAUCCGGGAAAAGGAUUUGCAGGACCCAAAGAAUAGGCGGAAUAUAAUAUGUGAUGAAACACUACAUGCUGUUUUCCAUGUGAAGUCUAUUGAUAUGUUUAAAAUGAAUAAAGUCCUGUCCAAACAUAUAUGGCCACUGAACAGUCAGGAUGGACCUGUAAAGAAAACAAAGAAAGAGGAAGACAGUGAUCACUCUCUCUCUGAAGGAGAUGUAAGUAAUGUAGAUGAGCAAGAGGUUGAAGAAGAAGAAGAAGAUGUGGAGAAAGAAAAAGGCAGCAAUUGUAAACAGACCAAGAAACGAAGGUCUGCCAAAGUGGAUAAAGAAGUCAAGAAAAGGGGAGGUGGCUUUACCAAAUUAUCGAGCCUUUCUCCAGAACUUCAGAAAUUCACUGGAGCGUCAGAAUUGGCUAGAACAGAGGUUGUCAAGAGGCUUUGGAAUUAUAUCCGGGAGAACAAUUUGCAAGAUCCCAAUAAUAGGAGAGUUAUAAUAUGUGAUGAGCUAUUCCGCACCCUAUUUGAUGUCGAUUCUAUCGAUAUGUUUCAAAUGAACAAAGCUCUGUCCAAGCACAUAUUGCCUUUAAAUCAGGAAGCAGCUCUAGAGAACGCUUCACAAACAGAGAAGCAGUCUGAACAUGAGCAAGAAGAUUCGGAUGAAGCUGACCACAACGAAAAACGGCAGAAGAAUGGAGACUGAAAGUACUUAAAACAAAAUGAUCUGCAGGAUCUAUCAGAUAAGAAGAGAAUGAGAAUCAUUUGCGAUGAGGUGCUAAGGACUUCGGAAGUUGAUACCUUCUUUGGCCUCUAACUCUCAAAGCUUUUA